UAUAAAUGUUAAGUGAUCCGAGAAGCUAAAACCCCCAACCAAAAACUGAUCAUCUCAAACUUAGCUAAAACAAAAGCAUUUGAUUUAGCUCCCAUCGCCAACCUAAAACUCCAACUACGUUGAUGGAAAGCCUUCGAUGCGAUUGUGAGCACCCGCUCGAAACGGUAGCUGGCAAUGAGAUCGUGAUGAACCCCCUUGAUCUCGGAGAGUUCAGGCGUCAAGGACACAUGGUCGUCGACUUCCUAGCCGACUACUACAAGAACAUUGAGGAGUACCCGGUUCUGAGCCAAGUCGAGCCUGGGUAUCUUUCCAAAUGCCUCCCGAGUUCCGCCCCGCACGAUGGAGAACCCAUGGAGGCCAUGCUUGACGAUGUGCGCCGGCACAUAGUCCCGGGUUUGACUCAUUGGCAGAGCCCCAAUUUCUUCGCCUACUUCCAGAUCAGCUCUAGCACUGCGGCAAUCCUCGGCGAGAUGCUUUGUGCGGGGUAUAACGUGGUGGGGCUCAACUGGGUCUCGUCACCCGCGGCGACUGAGCUUGAGAGCCUAGUCAUGGACUGGCUCGGGAAAAUGCUGGACUUGCCGAGGCCGUUCCUCUUUUCAGGGAAUGGUGGGGGAGUCAUUGAAGGGAAUACCGCCGAGGCCAUCAUUUGUACUCUCACUGCUGCGAGAGAUAGGGUCCUGAGGAGGGCGGGACAUGAUUCCAUCACGAAGCUCGUCGUCUACGGGUCAGAUCAAACGCAUUGCUCGUUCCUGAAAGCUGCCCGGAUUGCAGGAAUCGACCCACAGAACAUCCGGGCCUUGAAGACAACGAAGUCGACCUUGUUCGGCUUGUCUCCAGACUCGCUAAGGAAGGCAAUCUGUUUGGACAUCGAUGCGGGGUUGAUUCCAUUGUACUUAUGUGCCACGGUAGGGACAACUUCCAUCACAGCCGUCGACCCGCUGGCGCCUCUAUGUAAAGUCGCGAGCGAGUUCGACAUGUGGGUCCAUGUUGACGCCGCGUACGCCGGAGCAUCAUGUAUAUGCCCCGAGUUCAGAAAAUUCAUCAAUGGAAUCGAGCUUGCGGACUCAUUCAGCUUCAAUGCCCAUAAGUGGCUGUUGACCUCCCUUGAUUGCUGCUGCCUCUGGGUAAAAGACCCAAAUGCCAUCGUGAAGUCCUUAUCGACAGACCCCGAGUACCUCAAGAAUGAGGCAUCUGAGUCAAAACAAGUUGUGGACUACAAAGAUUGGCAAGUUUCUGUCAGCAGGAGGUUCAGGGCAUUGAAGCUGUGGCUUGUUCUCAGGAGCUAUGGCGUGCACAAUCUGAGGAAUCACAUAAGGAUCCAUUGUCGAUUGGCGAAGCUCUUCGAGGAGCUCGUAGGGGAAGACGGCCGAUUCGAAGUCGUCUUUCCGAGAAAUUUUGCGUUGGUUUGUUUCCGGAUACGUCCUUCAGUAGCCACCAGCAUGUCAAAUGUCCACACGGUCCAUGAAGGAGACGGUGAAGCAUGGAAAUCGAACGAGGCGAACAAGCUCAAUGCACAGUUGCUUCACGCUAUCAAUACUUCGGGUCGGGUCUUCAUGACUCAUGCGGUGAUCGGAGGAGUUUAUGUUCUCCGCUUCGCCGUCGGGGCGACACUGGUGAGAGAGAGGCACGUGACCAUGGCUUGGAAGGUGGUGCAAGAACAUGCAAAUUCUCUAUUUGGCAUGCCGAGGAGUGAGCAACACGCUACAUAAUCCAUUACAGGUGUUGCGCAAAAGUUUGGGCCACACUUUUUCAGCAUUAGGCAACACUCAUUUCAAUAAGCAACACUCGUAACAAAGUGUAGCAUGGUAUCAUCUUCAAUGGCUCUUUUUCAAUGCUUGACAAAAUAAAGAUUGUUGCCAAAAGUUCUAGGCAAAAAAAAAAAAAGAAAAGAAUUGUUGGCCAAAUUGUGGAAGUAAUUGAAAUACA